AGUGAUUGGCUCAGACACAUCACUAGACAGGAAGGGGUAGUUGCUUGGUCCGCUCCUGCUUUUCUGACAGGCCACGGAGAUUUUGGCGGAAGAUGAUGAAGCUCUAUGCACAUCCUGAUGACUACAAGACCAAAAAGGCCUUGAUCGCCGCGCAGUAUGUGGGUUUGGAGGUGGCCUGUCCGAAGAACGCUGGUGAAGCUGCCACUGGAAGGGUUCCCGUUUUGGAGACUCCCAAGGGCUGCAUCUUUGCGAGUGGUGCAAUUGCCAGGUAUAUCUCAAGAAUCAGUCGACCAGUUGGCCUCUAUGGUCAAAAUCUCAUCGAGGGCGGCAUGAUCGAUUCCUGGGUGGAGUUCUGCACACAUGAGCUGGAGGUACCUCUUUGCACUUGGGUGCUGCCAGUGAUGCCGCCAGUGUUCAAGAUGAGCUGAAAGCAAGUUCUGCCAACUAUGACUGACACAUGAUUGUUUUGGACUCUUCGUUCGGGCAUAAACAGGUGAUGGGAGUGUACAAAGAGAU